AGCGGGGCGCGCCUCCGCGUGUGACGUAGAGAGUUGCAUAUGAUUUGCAUUUGUGGCGCGCCGGCGCGGAGCCAUGUCGGCGGCGCGGCACGGCGGCGGCCCGCGGGGCAGGCCCGGGGCUCUGCGCGGCGGAGAGAAGCAGUGCUCAUGGGCUUCUUACAUGACCAACUCCCCAACGCUGAUCGUGAUGAUCGGCCUGCCUGCACGUGGCAAGACCUACGUGUCCAAGAAGCUCACCCGCUACCUCAACUGGAUCGGGGUGCCCACCAAAGUGUUUAACUUAGGAGUGUAUCGCAGGGAGGCGGUGAAGUCUUACAAGUCCUAUGACUUCUUCAGGCACGAUAACAAAGAAGCCAUGGAAAUCCGCAAGCGAUGUGCCUUGGUGGCUCUACAAGAUGUGAAGGCAUAUCUCUUGGAGGAGUGUGGGCAAAUAGCUGUGUUUGAUGCGACCAACACCACUCGAGAAAGACGGGACCUGAUCCUAAGUUUUGCUAAAGAAAAUGCUUUCAAGGUGUUUUUUGUGGAGUCUGUGUGUGACGAUCCAGAAGUCAUUGCUGCCAAUAUCCUGGAGGUGAAGGUUUCCAGCCCUGACUACCCAGAGAGAAACAGGGAGAACGUGAUGGAUGAUUUCCUGAAGAGGAUAGAGUGCUACAAGGUCACUUACCAGCCUCUGGAUCCCGAUGCCUAUGACAAAGAUCUUUCCUUCAUUAAAGUGAUCAAUGUGGGACAGCGGUUCCUAGUAAACAGAGUCCAAGAUUACAUCCAGAGUAAAAUCGUCUAUUACCUAAUGAACAUUCAUGUCCAGCCGCGUACCAUCUACCUUUGCCGACAUGGUGAGAGUGAAUAUAAUCUUGUUGGCAAGAUUGGUGGGGAUUCUGGUCUGUCACCACGUGGGAAGCAGUUUGCUCAGGCGCUGAAGCAGUUCAUUGAAGAGCAGGAGAUCGUUGACCUGAAGGUGUGGACGAGCCAGCUGAAAAGGACGAUCCAGACGGCCGAGUCCCUGGGGGUCAUGUAUGAGCAGUGGAAGAUUCUCAACGAGAUCGAUGCUGGGGUAUGUGAAGAAAUGACCUAUGGAGAAAUUGAAGUCAAGUAUCCAGAUGAGUUUGCAUUGAGAGAUCAGGAGAAGUACCUUUAUCGCUAUCCUGGAGGCGAGUCCUACCAGGACUUGGUCCAGCGCCUGGAGCCGGUAAUUAUGGAGCUGGAAAGACAAGGCAACGUCCUCGUCAUCUCCCACCAGGCCGUUAUGAGGUGCCUGUUGGCUUAUUUCCUUGACAAGAGUGCAGAUGAGCUGCCCUACCUGCGAUGCCCUCUCCAUACCAUUCUGAAGCUCACACCUGUGGCAUAUGGCUGUAAAGUGGAGACAAUCGCCCUGAACGUGGAAGCAGUGAACACCCACCGUGACAAACCCUGUCUGAACUCAAGCAAGCUUCCCGCCGGCCAAAGCCCUGUAAGGAUGAGAAGGAACAGCUUUACGCCGCGGGCCAGCGCGGACACGGUAAAGCGCCCGCGCCAUUACAGCGUUGGGAGCAAACCUCUCGACCUCGUGGGGCCUUUCCCACCCUUGGAAGCUGGAGAUGGGGCCGACCAGCAGCAGCUGCAAGCUGAGGUCCAGCCUCAAGGGGGAAUUGCUUGCCCGUGAGUAUCACUGAAAGCAGCUUCUAUGUACUCUCUUUUGGUUUAGGAGCCUGCAGCCAGCAUCACCCACGAACCCUUGGCUUCCCCCUCGACCGCUGAGUAAGGGGCUCGGAUGGGACCACGGCUGCUGCCCCAUGCAGAAACGCUGGAGAUGCCCUCGCUUCGCUGUGCUCCCACCAGCCCUGCUCUGCUGGUGCCUGGGGCACACCCUGCUGCAACCUUGCGCUUGGCUUCUCGGGUGUUUCUCCUCCUGCAGUACACACAGUGCUGGUGGGGUUUGUCUUGUAAAGGGUGGUUUUGCCAUUUAGCUGCUCUGUCUGGGGACCUGGCUGCAUUAUUGCAUAGCAGGUCCCUGCAUGGGGCUGUGGGAUGGCUCUUGGCAGCACUCGCAGUGCAUUCUCUGUGCUGAGCCAUGCUCAUCCCCAUGCACUGGGGUGACCCACAGUAUCUGGCUGCAUCCCUCAUCUUUGGGAUAACAGUGUUGUCCCUCUCUGGGAGCAGCAGGCUGUGCUGGGGGGAGCACCCAAGGGUGGUAGCGCCUAAGGGUAGGCGCAGAGAUGGCACAAGCUGUGUCCUUGGGGGGUUUAUGUUGCUGCACAUGGGCUGAUGGGGUUGUUGCUGACCUGCUCUUGCUCUCAGCAAGUCUCUGCUCCCUCCUUGCCUCUGCCCUUGGGCAAGUCCUUUCGCUGCUGGUGCUCUGGUGUCAGAGAGCUGGGUUAUGUGCAAAGAAAGUAAAGCAGGAGCUGGUUCAGUUUCCAGAUGUGCCAGGUGUUGAGACUGGAUUCAGGUUUGGGUGCUGAGCUCCCGUCUCCCCUGUGGCAGGGUGGUCCCCUUGCUGCCGUAGGAUGCAGCUCAUCCCUUUCAGGGAAGGGAGGUGCAGG